CGUUAGUGCGGCUCAGCUUCGCCGACUUUCACUGGGUCUACCUCGGCAGUCCUUUCUAAUGCGCAUGGCGGCAAACGUGAAAACUAAGACGGCAAACACGUACCGUAUGGAGCCAGUCCCCGGGAAAGAGUUCUCCUGGACCAAGGCGAAGCACACUGUUGAGCACGUUUCUGACAGGUUUUUGGCCGAUUUGCCGGAGUAUUCUUCACACGAGGCUCCAAAUCUCAUAAAAGCCCUCGGCUCGCAAAUACUGCAAAAA